AUGGAGACGUUCGAGGAGAAACCCUGGAGAAACCAGGUAACGGGUCACUGGGGGCGGGGUCACUGGGGCGGGGUCACUGGGGGCGGGGUCACUGGGGGCGGGGUUACUGUGGGGACAUUAGAGGAGAAACCCUGGAGGAAACCAGGUACGGGUUACUGUGGGCGGGGUUACUGUGGGCGGGGUUACUGUGGUGCGGGGUUGCUGUGGGCGGGGGUUGCUGUGGGCGGGGGUUGCUGUGGUGCGGGGUCGCUGUGGUGCGGGGUCGCUGUGGUGCGGGGUCGCUGUGGUGCGGGGUCGCUGUGGUGCGGGGUCGCUGUGGUGCGGGGUCGCUGUGGGAUAUUCGAGGAGAAACCCUGGAGGAAACCAGGUGCUGACCUGUCUGACUACUUUAACUAUGGGUUCAACGAGGACACGUGGAAGGGCUACUGUGACAAACAGAAGAGGCUGAGGAUGGGCCUGGAGGUCGUCAACAUCUCCUCCACCACCAGCAAAAUCACUGUUCAGCAGGGCAGGACGGGGAAUGAGAAGGAAGUGAGUUUACCCAUCCACACGUCCAAACCUGACUUCCCCACUCCAGCCAGCAUCUACAAGACAUCCAUGAAUAUGAACACUACCAGGAUCUCCCCCCCACAGUGGACUGCUCCCCCCGUCCAGGACAUGUCCUACUAUACGAAGACCAGUGGUACGAUCGACGUGAUUGGAGGAGGGACCGCUACCAUCAGCAGAGUGGAGGGACGACGAAGACACAACCUGGAGGGAAACAACAUCCAGGUGAUUUCGGAACACUCGUCGUCGGACGCUGAGCAAAACUCCAACAAGAUGCCCCCCUUCUUCCCCCCCGGCCCCCUCCCCCAAACAUCCCUCCUCCCCCAUUCCUUCCCCCUCCUCCCAACGUCAGCCAGGCUCCCCCCUCUCAUCCCCCCCACCAAGUAA